AUGAGUACUCAUUCUCAAUCCCCUGAACCAUCUGCCCCACUUUCCAGUCAAACCAAGCACCAUGGGUCCGGGAGGCAUUGGACCAAUGAAGAAAGUGCUCUAUUGGAAAAACAUCGGGAGGAGUACAGAGACGCCAACAACACUGCUCGUGCUGAGAUAUUUUCUUGA